GAUCCCUUCUCUAUGCGAUACAUUUCCGUUGACGACGUUAUCAGAUCCCUCGUUGUCAUUGGCCCCGGGGCCCUAAUGGCCAAGUUCGACGUGCAAGCUGCCUACCGUAACAUUCCGAUCAACGUCUCCGACCGACAUCUGUUAGGCAUGUACUGGCGAGAAUCUUUCUAUGUUGACUUGGUGCUACCUGCGGUUCGCCGUUACCUUCAGGUUCGAGGCAACGCUCCCGGGUCACUGUUCGUGUUAUCCGAUGGCUCUCCGCUAACACCGGUGGUGGUCAACUGUUGGCUCCGUGCGAUUUUAUCCAACUUGAGCAUACGUGGUACCUUACUCCAGUCACACUUUUAG